UUGCCUGCAUCGCGGGUUAAGUGCCGUGGCAAAUAGUGACCUUUUGCCCGCGUUUAUCUCUACGCUAAUGGCUGCGAAACUGUCAGCGGAGAUUUUUAUUGUUGUGCUUUGGCAAAUCCUGAGUGGAACAGAGAGGACACCUACGAUUGGUACGGUGUCCGGGAAGGAUAGUUGCAAAGAUGGCGGCGGUCGUUACUGCAGCUGUGGUAGUCAAGCGAGCCUGUAGCUCCGGCGUCUUCAGGACGGCGUGGAGAGGAUCUUGGAUCCAUGAUCAGUAUUCUACAUUGGCAUGUGCUUUCCAAGCUCAUUGCUACAUAUCUGCCCCUCAUGAUGUGAUAGUACAACAGUGCAGGCAAAGCAGCUUUUUCAACAAAUUGACAGCCAAUGAACUCUGGAAAGGAGUUUUGGCAGAGACUGGUGCUAGUGGAAGAAAAGGAAGAGGGAAGAGGACCAAGAAAAAACUGAAAAAGGAUCUCAACAGAGGCCAGAUAAUUGGUGAAGGACGUUCAGGUUUCCUUUGGCCGGGUCUCAAUGCUCCUGUGCUAAAGUAUGGAGCAGUCCAGGCAGUUGGUCAGCGAGAUAAAGAAGAACUGGAAAAGAUGAAAAAUGAAAUAAUCCGUCAGCGGGAUGAGUGGGAUAAGAAGAGAAAAACGAGGGUGAAGAGGGAGAGAGGAUGGACAGGAAACACCUGGGGAGGUGUCAGCCUUGGACCUCCUGACCCAGGUCCUAAUGGAGAAACUUAUGAAGACUUUGACUCCAGAGUGAUUGAGGUGAAAAAUGUAUUUAAUAUGACAGCAAAGGAAGGAAGAAAAAAAUCUGUUAGUGCCCUGGUGGCUGUGGGAAAUGGAAAAGGGGCUGCUGGUUUCGCAGUGGGAAAAGCAGCUGACAGGAUGAUCGCGUUAAGAAAAGCAAAGAACAGAGCAAUUCACUUUUUACACUAUAUUGAAAGAUAUGAAGAGCACACAAUUUAUCAUGAUAUUGCAGUUUCAUUUAAAAAAACAACAAUCCGGAUGAAAAAGAAAAACAGGGGAUAUGGACUUCACUGUCAUAGAGCUAUCAUUAUGAUAUGUAAACUGAUCGGGAUUAAAGACAUGUAUGCCAAACUUUAUGGAUCCAGAAAUCUAUUGAAUCUCACCAGAGCACUCUUCAAGGGAUUAUCAAGACAGGAAACUCACCAGGCCCUGGCCAAUAAGAAAGGCCUCUACAUGGUAGAAUUCCGUGAGGAAUGUGGCCCCUUGCCCAUUGUGGUUGCUGCACCCCAGGGGGUCCUCAGGAAAGACCCUGAGCCUGAGAAUGAAGUUCCUGAUACCAAGCUGGAGUGGGACGAAGUGAAGGCAGCCCAAGGCAUGAAGAAAUCUCCCUGGGCAAAUGUCAAAAGAACAGUGUGGUAGAUGGGGCCCCUCUGUUGAUGCACAAAACUUAGGGAACAUCAGACAUCAGCAAAUUACAUGGAUACUUCUACUCUGUGCAAAGUGAUCUUCCCGCUGAGUAGUCCUCAUGACAAUUUGGAGCCACUGUACCAUGGAGCCUCAGAAUGACAUAAGCAUCACUCUCAGUUUAAUGAAUUUCUGUUGAACAUAGGUGUCUGCCAUAGCAUGGUGUGCAGGGGAAAAAGUAUUGUGACAUAAAUGCAUCUACUCUGCUGCUUCUAUCCUGAGGGGGAAAAGAGUCUUUUCUUUGAGUAACUUGAAGAGACUAUCAAACAAUGUGGCAGAAAUAAACACGUCAUCAAAUGCU